AUUUAGUCUCGUCUUACGAGAUGAGACUAAAUAGAUAAGCCAAAACAUGUUCAGGUUCCCAUUUUCAUAGUAGGACUAAUUCCUGCUUGGGUUGGAAACCAAAUGGAAAUCCCAAACUCAAUGAGUGUCAUGAACAGGAGCUCUUCUUCAUCCCAGAACAACGUGGGUUCUUUCCCAAGUCCAGGGGUACCAAAUUAUAGAGAUAGAAGAAGUUUUGGGAACCAAAAGGGGUGGAGCUCAGAGCGAGUAACAAAGCCUGCAAGCAGCAGAAGGCACACUAUGGCUGGCUUGACACCGUUCAGUAGUGGAAGAACAAUGCCUUCUAAAUGGGAUGAAGCUGAGAGGUGGAUUUGUAGCCCAGUUUUAUCAUAUGCUGAUAGCAGAAGUUCACAUGCACAACUUCAGCGUAGACACAAAUCAAUGAGUGGCCCGAUUGUGUCUCCUGCUGUAGCUUACUACUCAAACUAUUCACCUGCAGUUCUUCCACUGCGCCAAGGUUUGGUUUUGAGAAACUUAAUGGUGGGUUCACCUUUCUCAACAGGAGUGUUGGCACCGAUUGCUGUUUCUGUUCCCCAUUAUAAUGCACAUGAUGAUACUGUUUUUGGUUAUGACAUUGAAAAUGGAAUACAAUAUUCUAGUCCUGUGCUCAAUGAGAAUGGUGUAGCGCAUUCAUCAAUGUCCACUGCAACCACGUGUUCUGAAUUGCCGUGUGACCCAUCAUCUCCUAUCUCUAAAGAUGUGAAACAUGAUGGAAAGAAGAACGAAGACACCGUGAUAUCUCUUUUAUCAAGAUGUGAUAAAGGUACCCAAAUGAGCCCUUCAGAGACCGAGACUGAUGCACAUUCAUCUCCAAAAUCUUCAGCCACUUCGGUCAUGGAUCAACAAGAUUGUCAUUCUCCAAAAUUAGAGGUCAAAGAUGUGCAGGUUGACAAUCAAGCAAAUGUUAUCAGGUGGUCCAAGAGGAAUGCAACCAAAAUGACCAAAAAAGACGGGUUUAACAGGGAAGACUUAAGAGGGAAUACUGCAGAAGCCCAAGCUUCAUGUUGGGAUAUUGAAGAGUCAACCUCCGAUAGUUCCAAGUUGCGGAGAGAGGAAGCCAAAAUCAUUGCAUGGGAGAAUUUGCAGAAAGCAAAGGCUGAAGCUGCAAUACGGAAGCUUGAGAUGAAAUUGGAAAAGAAGAGAUCGUCAUCAAUGGAUAAGAUUCUAAACAAGCUGAGAAGGGCACAGUUGAAAGCUGAAAAUAUGAGAAGCUCAAUACCAGUACAACAGGGCCAUCAGGUUUCAAAGACUUGCAAAGUAUUUACAUUCCCCAAAUAUGCCCAGAUAUGGUCUCCGAGCAGCUGCUUCAGCAGCCAAGCUCAGUGAUCGAUCCCACGUACUAGCCAUGAAGUCUUUUAAGGUUUUGAUCAGGUUGUAUAAGAAUAUACUACAGUAUCUUAUAUGUCAUUUGAUGUAAUUGGGUUGUGAUAGGAAACCUUAUUUGUAAGUAGGUAUGUGUUACUUGUAUAUAAAGCACAAUGGUUAA